AUGAGUGUCAUCAAGAACGUAGCUAUCUCCGGUGCAGCUGGUGCCCUUGGCAAGCCCAUUUUCGAAGCCCUCGUCCAGUCCAACAAAUUCAACAUCACAGUCCUCACUCGCUCCACAUCAACCCGCACCUACCCCUCAAGUGUGUCUGUCCUCCCCGUAGACUUCGACUCCAUCCCCUCUCUCACAGCCGCCCUCCAAUCACAAAAAAUCGACGCCGUAGUCUCCACCGUCGGAACCGAAGGGUUUCUCGGUCAAAAACUCCUAAUUGACGCCGCCGUUGCAGCAGGCGUAACUCGUUUCAUUCCCUCGGAAUUCGGCUCCGACCUUUCCCACCCCAAAACUAAAGCCCUUCCUGUCUUCGGACACAAAGUAGAGGUCUGUUCCCAUAUUGAAGCCCUUGCCGCCAAGAAUCCAAGUUUUACAUAUACAUAUAUUCGCAACGGCGCAUUCCUCGAUUGGGGACUCGAGCACAACUUCAUCCUCGAUGUGACAUCCGGAAAACCAUCUAUUUACGAUGGGGGUGAUGGACUAUUUAGUACCACCACUCUCGAGACCGUAGCUCAAGCCGUCGUAGCUGUUCUCUCCAAACUUGAAGAGACGAAAAACCGAGCUGUGUACAUUGAAGAUUUGCAAACAUCUCAGAAUCGUCUUCUGUCGAUUGCAAAGAAGGUUGCCCCAGAGAAGAAAUGGGACGCCGUUCCGGUGAAGACGGCUGAUAUUCUCAAGUCUUCAAAUGAGAAGCUUGCAAAGGGGGAAAUUACCAUGGAGGUUAUGGUCGGAUACAUUCUUGUCUCGCUUUUUGGAGAGGGAUAUCCAACGAGAUGGGAGAAGUCAGAUAAUGAAUUGUUGGGUCUGAAGGAGAAGACCGAUGCUGACUUGGAAGCUAUUGUGAAGAAGUAUGUCAAGUAA